AGGCGGUGGCUGGAGCGGAGCUGAGCCCGGGGGCAGGUGGCCGUGGCCCGUGCUGCCAUGAGUGGCGGCGGCGGUGGCGGCGGCGAUGCUGCUCAAGCUCCUGCAGAGGCAGACCUACACCUGCCUGUCGCACAGGUACGGCCUCUACCUGUGCUUCGGGGGCGUCGUCCUCAUGAUCGUCUCCGCUUUCCAGUUUGGAGAGGUUGUUCUGGAAUGGAGCCGGGACCAGUAUCAUGUUCUGUUUGAUUCAUAUAGAGACAACAUUGCUGGCAAGUCUUUUCAGAAUCGGCUCUGUUUGCCCAUGCCCAUUGAUGUGGUCUAUACCUGGGUAAAUGGCACUGAUGUUGAACUGCUUAAAGAACUUCGGCAGGUGAGAGAACAGAUGGAGGAAGAACAGAAAGCAAUGAGAGAACUCCUUGGGAAGAACUCCACAGAACCCACCAAAAAAAGUGAAAAGCAGUUAGAAUGUUUGCUGACGCACUGCAUCAAAGUGCCCAUGCUAGUAUUGGACCCCGCCCUGCCCGCCAACAUCAGUCUGAAGGAGCUGCCAUCCAUCUAUCCUUCUCUGCAGUCUGCAAGUGACACAUUCUUUGUCGCAAAACCCAAAAACCCAUCAACUAAUGUUUCUGUUGUCGUUUUUGACAGUCAGAAGGAAGUUGAAGACGCCCAGGCUGGAAUGUUAAAAGAUGCCGGCAAACAGUCUGUGUGGAGGGGCUACCUGACCACAGACAAGGAAGUCCCGGGCCUGGUGCUCAUGCGUGACUUGGCUUUCCUGAGCGGAUUUCCACCGACAUUCAAGGAAACAGAGCAGCUGAGGGCAAAGCUCCCAGAGAACCUGUCCUCCAAAAUCACACUGCUGCAGUUGUAUUCAGAAGCCAGUGUGGCCCUCCUGAAACUGAAUAACCCCAGAGGCUUCCAGGAGUUGAAUAAACAAGCUAAGAAGAACAUGACCAUUGAGGGCAAGGAGCUGGCGCUCAGUCCUGCCUACUUGUUAUGGGAUCUCAGUGCCAUCAGUCAGUCUAAACAGGAUGAGGAUGUUUCUGCCAGCCGUUUUGAAGAUAAUGAAGAGCUGAGAUAUUCUUUGAGGUCCAUAGAGAAGCACGCUCCGUGGGUGAGAAAUAUCUUCAUCGUAACCAAUGGGCAGAUUCCUUCCUGGCUGAAUCUUGAUAACCCUCGGAUAACUAUAGUAACGCAUCAGGAGGUGUUUCGGAAUUUGAGUCACUUGCCUACCUUUAGCUCCCCUGCUAUUGAAAGCCAUAUUCAUCGGAUUGAAGGGCUGUCGCAGAAGUUUAUUUACUUAAAUGAUGAUGUGAUGUUUGGGAAGGAUGUCUGGCCAGAUGAUUUUUACAGUCACUCCAAAGGUCAGAAGGUCUAUUUGACCUGGCCCGUUCCCAACUGUGCUGAGGGCUGCCCCGGCUCCUGGAUUAAAGAUGGGUACUGCGAUAAGGCCUGUAAUAAUUCAGCAUGUGAUUGGGAUGGAGGAGAUUGCAUUGGUAACAGUGGCGGCAGUCGAUACGUCGCUCCAGGAGGCGGCCACGGCGGCGGGGCAGUUGGGCCACCCUGGCACUUUGGUGGUGGAAUAAGCGGAAUCUCUUACUGUAACCAGGGAUGUGCCAAUUCUUGGCUCGCCGAUAAGUUCUGCGAUCAGGCGUGCAACGUGUUGUCAUGUGGGUUUGAUGCUGGCGACUGUGGGCAAGAUCAUUUUGAUGAAUUACACAAGGUGACUCUCAUCCCAAACCAGACUCACUACAUUAUCCCCAAGGGAGAAUGCCUCCCCUAUUUCAGCUUUGCUGAAAUUGCCAAAAGAGGAAUUGAGGGUGCCUACAGUGACAAUCCAAUCAUCCGCCACGUCUCUGUUGCCAACAAGUGGAAGACAAUCCACCUCAUACUGCACAGUGGCAUGAAUGCUACCAUCAUACAUUUCAAUGUCACAUUUCAAAACAAAAACAACCAAGAGUUUAAAAUGCAGAUCACAGUAGAAGUGGACACUAGGGAGGAGCCAAAACCUAAUAUUACCACCCAGAAGCCUCAUGCAAGUGAGGCUAGCCCCAUCACACCUCUGCCAGAGGCCGAAAUCCUAUUUGAAGAUAUUCCGGAAGAAAAACGCUUCCCAAAGUACAACAAACAUGCAGAUGGCUUUCAGGAAACUAUAAGAAUACCCCUUGUAAAUAUCUCUGAACUUCCAAAAGAAGUACAACUGAGUCUGAAGAAGUUGGAUGUAAAGCUGGAAGGUGGUGAUAUUACUCUGAAGGGAUAUAACCUGUCCAAGUCUGUUCUGCUGAGACCAUUUCUGAAAGGCGCUCAAGUCAUCGAAGUAAAAGCUAACCAAGUUGUAAAAAGGGAAAAAGACAGUCUGCAAGAUCCCGUGAGUAGGGAGCAUCACACCAGCCUCCCCAAAGAGAGCUCAGAAAAUGCCGAUGGCGCGAAGACAAUGAACUUUCCAGCUGAAGGUGCUGGCAGGACAGUCGAGGUGGGCGGGAGGCAUCAGGAUCACUCUUUACCUCGGGAGUGGGCAAAAGCUGCUUCUGCAACUCAGAAAGUUGGAGUCAGUGUUGGCUUAAGAGGAACGACCGUUGUCCCAGCUCAAGACCGAGCAGCCCAGGAAAAGGAGCUCUUAGAGAAAGCCAAGGAGAACAGAGGAGUGGGGCUGAUCGAAGGGCAUGCCGAGGACCAUGAUCUACACAAUGGCGGAGUAAGGCCUGGAAGAAAACUUCAAGAAUAUGCUGGGAGCUAUCUAGGAUUCUUGCCUUGGGAAAAAAAGAAGUAUUUCCAAGAUCUUCUUGAGGAAGAAGAAUCAUUAAAGAAACAGUUGUCAUACUUGACGGAUAGCAAAUAUGUUGGAAGACAACUAAAAGAUACCUUUGCUGAUUCUCUCCGAUAUGUAAAUAAAAUUCUAAACAGCAGGUUUGGAUUUACAUCUCGGAAAGUCCCCGCCCAUAUGCCCCAUAUGAUUGACCGCAUUGUUAUGCAAGAACUGCAGGAUAUGUUUCCUGAAGAAUUUGACAAGACUUCUGUUCACAAAGUACGCCACUCUGAAGACAUGCAGUUUGCUUUUUCUUACUUCUACUAUCUCAUGAGUGCGCUUCAGCCGCUGAACGUUGCUCAAGUUUUUGAUGAAGUCGAUACUGACCAGUCUGGUAUCUUGUCGGACAGGGAGAUUCGGACAUUAGCUACAAGGAUUCAUGACCUGCCUUUAAGCUUGCAGGAUUUGACAGGUCUGGAGCACAUGUUAAUAAAUUGUUCUAAAAUGCUCCCUACUAACAUCACUCAGAUAAACAACAUCCCUCCAACGCAGGAAGCUUACUACGACCCUAACCUGCCACCAGUGACUAAAAGUCUGGUAACCAACUGUAAACCAGUAACUGAUAAAAUCCAUAAAGCGUAUAAAGACAAAAACAAAUAUAGGUUUGAAAUCAUGGGAGAAGAGGAAAUUGCUUUCAAAAUGAUUCGCACCAAUGUUUCUCAUGUGGUUGGCCAAUUAGAUGACAUAAGAAAAAAUCCCAGAAAAUUUGUUUGCCUGAAUGACAACAUUGAUCACAAUCAUAAAGAUGCACAGACAGUGAAAGCAGUACUCAGAGAUUUUUACGAGUCCAUGUUUCCCCAGCCAUCCCAGUUUGAACUGCCACGAGAAUAUCGGAACCGUUUCCUUCACAUGCAUGAGCUCCAGGAAUGGAGGGCAUAUAGAGAUAAAUUAAAAUUUUGGACCCAUUGUGUACUUGUAACGUUGAUCAUGUUUACCGUAUUCUCGUUUUUUGCUGAGCAGCUAAUUGCACUCAAACGGAGGAUUUUUCCCAGAAGGAGGAUCUACAAGGAAGUUGGUACUGAACGGAUCGGGGUGUAGGAGGUGGAAAGAGCCUGCCUCCGUGUUCACUCGAUGACAACAGCAUCUUUGUAAUGUGAUGCCUCGAGAUCCAGGCCUGAAGAAAUAAAGAGAAACAUCCUGAAGGAUGACAGGUUGUGGGCACAAAGUGUGACCCCCAGACCAGCCGAGCUGUUUAAGAGACACACUAAAAAAUGAUAGGUGUGUUGGGCAGCCCUCCGCUGAAAUUCUACUUUGGAAGCAUUAGCUCAUGGACAUGUUAUCCUUUUUAUAAAAAGGGUUACCAACAGAGAGACAGCUGCCUUUAUUGCAGUGGACAUUGCCAAGUAAAUUUAAUAUCUGAAUCCUACACCAGUGUGGGAGCAGUUACUGAGAGGCCUCAAUCAGCCUUUGCAUUCCAGAGCAUUCUGCUGGUCUCUUGCUGGGAUGCUUUUUUCAUUUUCCGUUUUUAAAUAAGUAACAUUUAAGUUAACUCUUUUAGCUGUCCUUGUGUCUCAACUGUGAUGCUGAAACAAAUUGGUGAAUGUAUAAUUUCAGCCCAGCUUCGUAUUGGGAGGAUCAAAAAAAUUUGGAUUUGAAGAAUGUUAAUGGGAUUCGGCUAUGGAAGAUCUCAGGACCUGAUGUCUGAAAUAUCUUGGUUUGGGUUUACUUGACCCCCCCACCCCCAGGAACACAGGGAUUAUGUUUGGGGGCCUGCACACGAAGGGCUGCUGAUCAAGAGUACUCAUGUUUUGGAAACGUUGUAAAAUACAAACAAAAGUGCCUCAUUGUAGAAAUUAGCGAUACGGUCCCUGAACCACCGUCACAUCACGUUGAUGGUUCCUUUGAUACAGGAGCAGGUGAUACCAAGGGACAUAUGUCGGGAGGGUCUUUUAAGUUUGGGCAGACCCUGACACUGCAUCAUACUGUGGUAUGACAUCAACAAAGCCACAGAAGACUAGGGUAGGAGAGGAAAUCUAUUCAAGGGGACGUUUCUGACAUGUACUUUAAAUCACAGUCACAGCACUAGUCUUUCAAAAAUCACAUUAAUCAUUUUGUAAUAAUUGUAAAAUAUGGAAUUUGAAAUGUACAGGAUGUGUUUGUGCUGUCAUUGUGGUUAAAAAAGGUCACAAAAAAAAACUCACUUGUCUGAUGCUUC